UCUCGCCACCGCGGAAUACCACACCCAAUAAGAUGAUGUCAGCACGUGAAACAUAUAUGGUCAUGGCAGUGGUGGUCGCUAUGACGGCUUUAGUGACGGUGACGGCAGAACCCAGUUACCGCCGCCCGUCACGCUGUUACCCCAAGACCCAGUACGUCACCAUGUACCAGACCGAGUACCAGAAGGUCCCGGUAUACAAGACGGACUACCAAACCCAGUACGUUCCUACCACUCACUACCAGACCCAGUAUCAAACCCAGUAUCAAACCCAGUAUAAGACCCAGUAUGUUCCCCAAUACGUCACCCAGACCGUCUACAAGACCGAGGUCCAGUACGUAACUCAGGUCAAGACCCAAUACCAGACCCAAUACCAAACCCAGUACGUCACCACAACCCAGUACAUCCCAGAAUACAUCACUCAGACCCAAUACCAGACCCAGUAUGUGACCCAGACCCAAUACCAGACCGUGUACAAGACCCAGUACGAGCCCCAGUACGUUACCACGACCCAAGUACAGUACCAGACCAAGUACCAGACCCAAGUGGUCCCUCAGUACCAUACAGUCACUGAGACUCAACAGACGUAUAAGACAGUCUGUCCCAAGCCUUCUUACGGUUACUGAUGAUCUAUAGCAACAGUCAGGGAACAGCCCAGUCAAACAGUUUAGCCUGACUGUUUUUCACUCGUAAUAAAACUCAGAAAAUAAGAGGUUUUUUUAUACGAUACAAAUAAUAUGUUUUAUACUUGUUUAUGUAAUUAUAUAUAUAUUAAACAAAAUAUUACAA